AUGUACAGCCUGCUUGUAUAUAUGGCCACUUUCCUCUUGCCCGAGAUAGGGAUCGAAGCUUUUGCUGGAUUUGUCCGAGGAUAUGGAAAUCCCUCAGUGAUGUUAUCUCUCCUGGAUUUUUUGUUUGACGAGGAUAGCCUCCGACGCCAUGUCCUUCCAGCCUGGCAGCUUUGCUACGAUACAGAAUACAUAGAGUGUACAAUUUUUCCAAAGAUUAAACGGUCCCAACAGGCAUCCUAUUCACUUCUGUGCGCCCUCAAGAGGCUGGCAGAAACAUCCAAGAAGCGUCAGGGGACCCCAGAGGUCCCGAGGUCUUGGAGAAGCGCGGGGGGCUCCUCCGCAUCUAAAAGCCCUAGAGUUAAUGGCCCCCAGCAAGGGAAGACGAGCGGCUGCAAGGCAGCAUGGGGAAAAAAGAGCCCAAAGGGCAGAGUCGUCCUGUACGUGGACAAAGGGGCCACUGGCGACUGUUCUUCGGCGGCCCCUGAGGGGCCUGCAGGCCCCAGAGGGGCCCUGCGCAGGCGCCACACAACGCCUUUAGCCGGGUCAUCUCAGCUGAUCCUCGACAAGUGCAAGGAAAACAUGAAACAGAGAAAGGCUACUUGUGUCCUCUCCCUCUCGAGGCCCAAUCUGGUUUCAUCACGCUUCUCAGGGGACGAAAAACCAAUUGCAAAACGGAGCGAAGACAAAGUUGGUACUCCUCAGAAGCUCGAGGGUGCAGCGGCAGCAGACGCUGCUCCCGCUGCCCGUGAAGUGCUCAUAGCUGCAGAAGCCCCACCUCUCGAGGAUAAAGGUCUUUCUUUUCCAGACAACAAGAGCGCAGCGGACAUAGCCAUGGAAACGGGUGAAGCAAACGAGGCACCGAAAGUGUCAACAGAAGACGAAGUCGAAUCGGCGCCAGCUGCCGACUCAAACAAAGAGCAGCAGCGGCAAUUGCAGAUGCAAGCGGUGAAGGGCAUAUCCAAGGAGGCCUCAGGAAGGUCAAGUUUGAAGGUUACAGUAAGCUUUUUCUUUGCAGUUCCCAAGCCCUUCGUUUUUAUGACGGCGAGAAGACCAACCAAUUUGGCCUCUUUGCGUCUGCAGGCCGAAGAAAAAUUCAAAUCGACGCACCUCUUUAGGCCCUCCUCGGUUGCUGCAGAUGGCGUUACCAGUAGUGCCACUGAUAGUGAUUGUAGUUGGACACUCUCACUGCCGGAUCGCGCUUUGCGUGCUGCUGUUCUUGCUCGGCAGAGAAAGGCUGCAGAGGCUCGUAAAGAGAGGCAAACAGAGACGGACUGGCUGUCAGCACGAAAAGAAGAGGAAGUGAACAAACUGCGGCAGCUCCCGGUCAAGCGACAGGCCACACGAUCUCAACUCCAGGACAACACCAGAAAAGCACUCCUGGAGCUGCUCGACAGAAGAACAGUCCGCGCAGAGCAAGUACGGAGAGAAAGACAAGAAUUGCGCAGGGCACUGCUCAAGCAGUCUAUGGAUACGGCUGUGAAGAAGCGCAUGGCUGCCUCCCAGCUACGGGAGUUGACUCGCGCGUCAUCAAUCAUCGCUGAAAUGAAAAGAGCAGCAAGACUACGGGUUCGCAAGGAUCAAACCACUUCAGGCAACAGCAGCACCGACGCUGCGUUCCUUGGCUCAAUGUCACUUUUGGAGACUCGCAUCCGCGCCGUCAUAAUGAAGCGCAAAGCAGCGGAAGCCCUUGAGCAACGGCGCAACAAAAUGAUGGAAGAACGACAAAAAAAAUGGGAAGCUCUGAGGAAGGCAGCAGAGAGAGUAGCGAAUGCAAAGGCAGUGCUCCGCGAAGCAGCAGAGGCCAAUAGGGAGAGGCGCGCAGAGGAGAUGCGGAGGGCCAAAGAGGCAGAGAGAUUAGCAGCAGGCGCUGCCGCACUCAGAGCUUCAAAAUGGGAACAAAUAGAGAGACAGAUAAGUUACGAGUACACACAGGGCACCAAGCGACUGGCAGAGCAAGCAGUGAGGCAGCAACUGGUCAAAGGCAUGGAGAGAGCGGCAUUGGCAAGACAGCAACAGAGACUCGCAGAGGAAGUCAGCAGGGCCACUGGUCACCACUGCACAGACAGAAUUACAUACAGAUAG